UGGGUGGAGUGUUACUUCUGGGUACCCCUCAUCAUUCGUCCAUAAAAUGGUGAAGCCAGUUGCUACUGUUACUAUAAGAGCCAGCUCCGACUUUCUUUAAUUUCUUGCUUCAUAUCCACUAGCUACAUCUGUUGCCAAGUUAAUUUCAGUCCUAAUGGGGUUUCAUCUCCCACUCAUCUUUGCUAUUCUCAGUCUAGCAGCGGUGGCACUGGCAAACCAUGCUGCUCAACCAGCAGCUCAACUUUACUGGAACUCCGUCCUGCCAAACACACAGAUGCCAAGAACUAUCAGUGAACUUCUGCAUCCUGACUCCACAAAUGAAGAAAAGAGCACAAAUAUCAUGAAUGCUGUUGGGAAUGGAAAGCCAACGGACCACAACGGCAAACCUAAAAUGAAGGCAUUGUUUAGCGGAUACACAAUUCAAGUACAGUAUGCAGGAGUUCCUAAUUCUGACAAUCAACUCCAAUAUUAUAAAAACAUGACUAUUUUCUUCUUGGGGAAGGACAUGCGCCUUGGCGCAACAAUGAACUUCCAAUUCACUAGAAAUUCAAACACGGCUACUUUCCUGCCACGUGAAAGUGCUCAAUCGAUCCCCUUCUCCUCUAACAAACUAUCAGAAAUUUUCAACCAUUUUUCAGUGAAGCCAACAUCUGUGGAAGCCAAAACAAUUAAGAAAACAAUCGAAGAGUGUGAAGCUCCAGGCAUUAAGGGAGAGGAAAGAUAUUGCGCCACAUCUUUAGAAUCAAUGGUUGAUUUUAGCACUUCCAAGCUUAGAACAAGAAACGUUCAAGCAAUCUCGACUGAGGUAUUGGAAAAAGGAGCCACCAUGUCCAUGCACAAGUAUACAACAAUGCCGGGACUGAAGAAGUUGGCAGGUGACAAAGUCGUUGUGUGUCAUAAGGAGAACUAUCCCUAUGCUGUGUUUUUCUGCCAUGCAAUAAAACAGACAGCAGCUUAUGUUCUCUCCCUGAAAGGCGAUGAUGGGGUGAAGGUUAAAGCAGUAACCAUCUGCCAUCUAGACACAUCAGAAUGGAACCCAAAGCAUUUGGCCUUCCAAAUCCUCAAAGUUAAGCCCGGAACCAUUCCCAUCUGCCAUUUCCUUUCCACAGAUGCUAUUGCCUGGGUUCCGAACCACAAAUCUGCAUGAUCAUCACUUAGCAUUGUACGUAUAAUAAGCUUGCACCCCUGUAUAAUUAUCUCCCUACUCUACUUAUUUCUGCCUCUUCUGUUGAGAUUUCAAUC